UAUCUUCUUGUCUCCUAGUCCAUUUUCUCACGAGCCCCUUCUCACCCCCUUUGCAUUUUGCCUAAUCUUCUUCUACAUUUUUUUAAAUUGAAAUACAAUUAAGUUUCAAAUUAAUAUUAAAAUAUAUUUUUCUCCCCCUUAAUUUCCACCCAUUUUCCUUUCUUAUAUUUUUCCCUCCCCCCUAUUUCUUCAAGUAUAUCCCAUUUUUGCUCACUCCCCCCAAAAAAAAAAAAAUUCACCACCACAACUUCUUCUCAAACCUCUAUUCUUUUCAUAAAACGCUAAAUGGGAAAAGCUACAAGAUGGUUGAAAGGAAUAUUUGGUAUUAAAAACAACAACAUAACCAAAGACAACAACCAAGAUGACAACUCCGGUUACCGGAAAAGGCACAGUUUUGGUGGCUCCACCAGGAACUCCGGUAGUAAAAAGGGGUUGUGCAAUAACCCGGCAACCGUACCGCCUAAUAUAACCCCUUCUGAAGCUGCUUGGUUAAAGUCUUAUUAUGAAGACUCUGAAAAAGAGCAAAGUAAACAUGCCAUUGCGGUUGCGGCAGCCACCGCCGCUGCAGCCGAUGCGGCGGUGGCUGCUGCACAAGCCGCUGUUGCGGUUGUUCGCCUUACGAGUCAUGGACGAGGAACAAUGUUUUCGGAUACUUAUGACGGUGCUUGUGGUGGUGGCGGCGGUAAUCAAGAGAAAUGGGCUGCCAUGAAAAUUCAAGCCACUUUUCGAGGAUAUUUGGCAAGGAAAGCACUAAGAGCAUUGAAAGGAUUAGUAAAGAUCCAAGCACUGGUAAGAGGAUAUUUGGUGCGAAAACAAGCAACGGCAACCCUUCAUGGUAUGCAAGCACUCAUACGAGCUCAAGCCACGGUCAAGUCCAAACGGGCUCAAGCCCGGUUUCCUUAUCACGAUUUUUCCGGUCAUUCUCAACCGGAGUUUCGAGCCCGUCGAUCAUUGGAAAUAUAUGAUGACACAAGGAGCGAGCAUGCAGCAUCAAUACACAGUAGGAGGCUCUCCGCCUCCUUCGAAAGCAGAACAAUGAACCCAAUAUCUGAAGACAUACCCAAGAUAGUCGAGAUUGAUACGGGCCGGCCCAGAUCAUCGUCAUCAAGGGGGUGGAGAUCGAAUGGUAGCCCGGGUCCAAAGCCUGAACCCGGGGAGCCCGACCCGUACUACCCACCCCGGAUAUCGAUCCCGUGCUGCCAGCAUUGGCACGACACCGAGUGGGGACUAACAGGUGACGAGUGCCGGUUCUCGACGGCCCAGAGCACGCCCCGGCUAAUGAGUUCGGGUGCGACAAACCCGGGCCCGGUAACCCCGUCUAAGAGUGUAUGUGGGGAAAACAAUAGCUACUUCUUACGGCACUACGGAAACUACCACCAUCAUCAUCAUAACCCUAACUACAUGGCUAACACACAGUCAUUUCGGGCGAAGGUGCGGUCCCAAAGUGCCCCGAAACAGAGGCCCGAGGCAGGGUACCCUAAGAAGAAAGUGUCCUUAAAUGAGAUGAUGGAGUCUAGAAAUAGUCUAAGUGGUAUAAAAAUGCAAAGGUCAUGUUCCCAAGUACAAGAGGCUAUUAGUUUUAAGAAUGCUGUUAUGGGUAAACUUGGAAGGUCUUAUGAGUUACGUAGGGAGGCAGCAGAAGUAUACCAUUUGCAAAGGGAAUAAUAAUAAUAAUAAUAAUAAUAAUAAUUUUAUUUAGUGUAAUUUUGAGGUAGUAAUUUUAAAUUUAUAAAAUUCCAAUUAAAAUUUAGUUGUAAUAUUUUUUAAUUUUUUUAAUUUUUUUUUAAUGAAACAAGAAAUGUAAAUUGGUUUGUUGGGAUAUGGUUUGAGUUUGUCAUGAUUAUAAAUUUACAAUACCUUAUUGUUA